GCGGACGCCCGCCCCUUCCGCCCCCGCCCGCGGCGCAAUGCGGAAGAGAUGGGUGUGCUGGAGCGGAAGUGACGUUGCCGGCGGCUGUGGCGGCAGCGGCUGCGGGAGGAGGAGGAGGAGGAGCCGGAGGAAGAGGGCGGCCUCCGAGGAGCGCAGCAUGGCUUUCAGCAAAGGAUUUCGCGUCUAUCACAAGCUGGACCCUCCGCCCUUCAGCCUGCUCGUGGAAACCCGGCAUAAGGAAGAAUGUCUCAUGUUCGAGUCCGGGGCUGUCGCCGUACUCUCAUCUGCAGAAAAAGAGGCCAUCAAGGGUACCUACUCAAAAGUACUGGAUGCAUAUGGGCUCUUAGGGGUCUUACGGCUGAAUCUGGGUGAUACUAUGUUACAUUAUCUCGUCCUAGUCACUGGAUGUAUGUCUGUUGGGAAAAUUCAAGAAUCUGAAGUUUUCCGAGUUACUUCCACUGAGUUUAUAUCCCUUCGAGUUGAUUCUUCAGAUGAGGAUCGCAUUUCAGAAGUGCGCAAAGUUUUGAAUUCAGGAAACUUUUAUUUUGCAUGGUCUGCAUCUGGAGUCAGUUUAGAUUUGAGUCUUAAUGCACAUCGUAGUGUUCAGGAACACACAACUGAUAAUAGAUUUUUCUGGAAUCAGUCUUUGCAUUUACAUCUCAAGCACUAUGGCGUGAAUUGUGAUGACUGGUUAUUGCGCCUCAUGUGUGGGGGAGUGGAAAUCAGAACAAUCUAUGCUGCUCACAAACAGGCAAAGGCUUGCCUCAUUUCCAGAUUAAGCUGUGAACGAGCUGGGACCAGGUUCAAUGUCCGAGGAACAAAUGAUGAUGGUCAUGUCGCCAAUUUUGUAGAAACAGAACAGGUGGUGUACUUAGAUGACUCCGUGUCUUCUUUUCUCCAAAUCCGGGGCUCUGUGCCGCUGUUCUGGGAGCAACCAGGGCUGCAGGUGGGGUCCCAUCGUGUCCGGAUGUCGAGGGGAUUUGAAGCCAAUGCACCUGCUUUUGACAGGCAUUUUAGAACACUUAAGAAUUUGUAUGGUAAACAGAUAAUAGUUAAUUUGCUUGGAUCUAAGGAAGGUGAACAUAUGCUAAGUAAAGCAUUCCAGAGUCAUUUGAAAGCUUCUGAACAUGCUGCUGAUACCCAGAUGGUGAACUUUGAUUACCACCAAAUGGUUAAAGGCGGAAAAGUAGAAAAGUUGCAUAGUAUUCUUAAACCCCAAGUCCAGAAGUUUAUAGAUUAUGGAUUUUUUUAUUUUGAUGGAAAUGAAGUUCAAAGAUGCCAGAGUGGUACAGUUCGAACAAAUUGCUUGGAUUGUCUUGAUAGAACAAAUAGUGUACAGGCAUUCCUUGGGUUGGAGAUGCUUGCUAAGCAGUUGGAAGCUCUGGGUUUAGCUGAAAAACCUCAGCUGGUGACCCGCUUUCAGGAAGUUUUCCGUUCAAUGUGGUCUGUGAAUGGUGACUCCAUCAGUAAGAUCUACGCUGGCACGGGUGCUCUCGAAGGGAAGGCUAAGGCUGGAAAGCUAAAAGAUGGUGCUCGGUCUGUUACCAGAACAAUUCAGAAUAACUUCUUUGACAGUUCCAAGCAAGAGGCUAUCGAUGUUUUGCUGUUGGGAAAUACUCUAAAUAGUGAUUUAGCUGACAAAGCACGAGCUCUUCUGACUACUGGGAGUUUGCGUGCAUCUUCUAAAGUACUAAAGAGCAUGUGUGAGAAUUUCUAUAAGUAUUCAAAACCCAAGAAAAUUCGAGUGUGCGUCGGAACUUGGAAUGUGAAUGGUGGGAAGCAGUUUCGCAGCAUAGCCUUUAAGAAUCAGACGCUCACUGACUGGCUUCUUGAUGCACCCAAAUUAGCUGGCAUCCAAGAGUUUCAAGAUAAAAGAAGUAAGCCAACUGAUAUAUUUGCAAUUGGCUUUGAAGAAAUGGUAGAGUUGAAUGCUGGAAACAUAGUAAAUGCAAGCACAACGAAUCAGAAGCUCUGGGCUGUGGAGCUCCAGAAGACAAUCUCCAGAGACAACAAGUAUGUGCUGCUGGCGUCAGAGCAGCUGGUGGGCGUGUGUUUGUUCGUUUUCAUCAGACCACAGCACGCUCCCUUCAUCAGGGAUGUUGCUGUUGACACUGUGAAGACGGGGAUGGGCGGUGCGACCGGAAACAAGGGAGCAGUUGCCAUCCGAAUGCUGUUCCACACAACCAGCCUGUGCUUUGUCUGCAGCCAUUUUGCUGCAGGGCAGUCACAAGUCAAAGAAAGGAAUGAAGAUUUUGUAGAAAUAGCACGGAAAUUGAGUUUCCCAAUGGGAAGGAUGCUCUUUUCCCAUGACUAUGUGUUUUGGUGUGGUGAUUUCAACUAUCGAAUUGAUCUCCCCAACGAAGAAGUUAAAGAGCUCAUAAGACAACAAAAUUGGGAUUCUCUGAUAGCAGGAGAUCAACUUAUCAAUCAGAAAAACGCUGGGCAGAUUUUUAGAGGCUUUUUGGAGGGAAAAGUUACCUUUGCUCCGACAUACAAAUAUGAUUUGUUUUCCGACGACUAUGACACCAGUGAGAAGUGCCGCACCCCUGCUUGGACAGACCGCGUCCUCUGGAGGAGGAGGAAGUGGCCUUUUGACAGAUCAGCCGAAGAUUUAGAUCUUCUGAAUGCCAGUUUUCAGGAUGAAAGCAAAAUCCUCUACACGUGGACUCCCGGCACUUUACUGCAUUACGGAAGAGCUGAGCUCAAGACUUCUGACCACAGGCCCGUGGUUGCUCUCAUUGAUAUAGAUAUAUUUGAAGUUGAAGCAGAGGAAAGACAAAACAUUUAUAAAGAAGUAAUUGCAGUCCAAGGCCCACCAGAUGGUACGGUGUUGGUCUCCAUCAAAAGUUCAUUACCAGAAAAUAAUUUUUUUGAUGAUGCAUUGAUUGAUGAACUUCUGCAGCAGUUUGCAAAUUUUGGUGAAGUUAUACUCAUAAGAUUUGUGGAAGAUAAGAUGUGGGUUACAUUUUUGGAGGGAAGCUCUGCCUUGAAUGUUCUGAGCCUGAGUGGUAAAGAGUUAUUGAAUCGGACUAUAACUAUUACUUUAAAAAGCCCAGACUGGAUAAAAAAUUUGGAAGAAGAAAUGAGUCUAGAGAAAAUUAGCAUUGUGUUGCCAUCAUCAACAAGUUCUACCCUGCUUGGUGAAGAUGCCGAGGUCACAGCUGAUUUCGACAUGGAAGGUGAUGUUGAUGACUACAGUACUGAAGUGGAGGAACUGCUUCCUCAGCACCUCCAGCCCUCCUCAAGUUCCGGCCUUGGCACUUCCCCGGGCUCCUCGCCCCGGACCAGUCCCUGCCAGUCACCUACGAUAGCAGAGUGUCCCAUACCUGCGCUUCCCACCAGACCAAGCCGGGCACCCUCAAGAACUCCUGGACCUCCAAGUUCACAGGGUUCUCCUGUUGACCCUCAGCCCGCCUCCCAGCAGCCUCCGAAAGAUGCUGCCCAGGCCUUGGAACCCAAGAGGCCACCCCCACCCCGCCCAGCGGCCCCGCCACAAAGACCAGCGCCCCCACAGAGGCCGCCUCCACCCUCAGGCGCUAGGAGUCCUGCACCUGCUAGAAAGGAAUUUGGAGCACCCAAAAGCCCUGGGACGACCCGAAAGGAUCACGUAGGACGCAAUCAGCCUUCCCCUCAAGCAGGACUCCCAGGCCCAGCACCUGCUGGAUACAGUGCAAGCACGGUCCGACCGACAAUCCCACCUCGAGCUGGGGUUAUCAGUGCUCCUCAGAGCCACGCUCGGGCUGCAGCUGGAAGACUGACUCCGGAAAGCCACAGCAAGCCCUCAGAGGCGCCGAAAGGUCCAGCGCUGCUUCCUGAGCCGCUGAAGCCACAGGCUGCCAGUGCUGUGCUCCCACCGGCUCAAAAGUUGCAGGAGCCGCUCAUCCCAGUGGCGGCACCCGGGCCUCCAUCUGCCCCCCAAGCGAGUUUGGAAACGCCGCCGCAGCCGCCACCCCGGAGCAGGUCCUCCCACAGCUUGCCUUCAGACUCGCCACCGCAACUGCAAGUGAAAACGAAUGGAGUCUCCGGUGUCAAGCCAGAGCCACCAUUCAAGAGGGACCCCUUCGAAGAUCUGUCGCUUAGCCUGCUUGCUGUAUCAAAGGCUCCACUCUCUGUUCAAACGUCACCUGUGCUAACCACAAGCCCAAAGAGGUUGAUCGAGUUGCCUUCUGCAACACAAAGUACUGUUAAUACUGGGAGUUCUGUAAAUUGCAUGCCCUCAAUGCCUCCAAUCCCAGCCCGGAGUAAAUCCCAGGAAAACAUGCGAAGUUCUCCAAACCCAUUUAUGAGCAGCUUGACCAGCACAAAUCCUUUCCCUGACAGAACUGCUGCCCCUGGAAACCCAUUCAGAGCCCAGUCCCUCGAGUCCGAGGCAGCCUCGUGGCUCCCCGAAGCAGACCCUCUUCCUCACAACCCCUUCCCUGUCCUGAUGCCUCUGGGUCACCCUACAGGCAACCCUGGCCCUUCCCUGGAGGGCUUUAAGGACAGUUUUCACGUGCAGGGCCCAUCCACAAGGAAAGCGAGCAACCCGAAAGGAUGGGUCACCUUUGAGGACGAUGACGACUUUGGAGUGAGGGGGAAGCCGGAUGCCACCUGUUUCCCAGACCUACUGGGAAAUCCUCCAAGUUUGUCUUCUGGCUCCACCAUGACAACUGAUGGCCAAAACAAAGAGACAGAUGUUUCUUUUGGUGUCUUACCAUCAAGAAGACCACCUCCACCUCCUGUCCCUACACUCCUUUCCAACACCAGUGCUCCGGUGGAUCCUUUCGCAACCUUGGCCUCCAAGGCUCCUCCCACACUAGACUUUACAGAAAGAUAAUCUUAGAUGAUAGAAGACAGUCGUCAUUAUUUAGUUUUGGCAGGCUAGCGCCAAAAGAAUUGGGCAUUAGUUGUUCAUUACGUGCAAUAAGUUAUUGUGAAGCGCACUGAUAUCUUCAUGAAAUACCACUAUUUGAUAUGUACAAAGUUGGAAUAUGUGUAUAUUGGAAAUAAGGGGAAAAAAAUCCUUCUAACUGGAGUUUUGAUGUAGUGUUAUCCAGAAAAAUAGGAGACUGGUAGCCAUAAAAAGUGCUUAGAACUACUUUUAAAAUUAGUCCAUAUUUAGAAAUUCU